AUGUUGACCGACACAGAUGGCUUAGGCUCGAUACUGGAGACAUUAGUCAAGAUGACUGUGUUUGACUGGAAAGUAAGGGAACCAGGUAUACCAUAUUUCAAGCCAAAACUGGCAACAUUGAGCAAUACCCGUCACUCACUUGACACUCUAAAGUUUUUUCUGAUCAAUGCCACUCUGGCGGUCGCUCCUACUUCUAAUAUGCAUUCGCCAUUUGACAAGAACAGCCCAUCCGGAAACAUGUGGAACUAUGUGACAAGCAUUUACCAUGAGGUAUUCAAGGAGCAAAGUACAAUCGCCAGCUACCGCGUUCUUCUACAGAGGCCCGACGGCGUGUCUGUUUCGGAUAAGCUUUUGAACAAAAACAAAAUACAAUGGUUUUAUGGCAAUCGUAAAAUGCAAUGUGACAAAUUGAUAUGGGGUCUUAGAAACUACUUCCGGUUGCCCACUGUCGAAGAUCUUGCGGUUGAUCUAUUGCACUGUGAUGAGAUAUCUCUUACCGAGAGCCGCUUCAAUCCUAAAGGCUCACUUCUUGAUCUCUUCCCUUCCGAGUAUUUGCAAAGCCUUUUGCCUUCUUUUGCGAGGUACGAGAUGCUCUCAGAAGAGCAGCAAGCUUAUGUAUUUGAGUCAAUUGAUAAAAUAACCGAGAACCUUAUCUGGAUGGUAUAUUUGGGCUGUGGGUAUUCCUAUCGGUUUCCAGAGCUGGUGGAUAUUACUUAUGCAGGACCAAACAGAGCGCUUUUCAUAGACAAUGAUACCAGGUGUCUCGUUCUCUUUACGACUUACACCAAAGGAGACAAGUCAACUAAGCCACUAACUAAACGGCUGGAUGCAACUACUUCAAAGUAUCUCCUGUACCAUAUUGUGAUUCUGAGACAGAUACAAGCCAACUUGCUUGGCCCCGAAUAUUGCGAGGUGAACCCCGAACACUGGCCUCGAUUUCAUGGAAGCUCCAUUGAACUUUCCCAAUAUAUUCUCCACCAAUAUGUGUUUUUCAGCAUAAAAGAGAGUACUUUACUGCGCCAGAAAGGGUUCAACGACAUGCUAGUCAAAGAGUUAGGCUUCAAUACUCGUGAGCUGCGUCAAGCAAUGGUAGCGAUCAUGCGAAACUAUGUCAAACGUAGUUCCGUGUCUGAGGUUUAUCACACAAUGACUCAAGAGCUCAUGUUUGGACAUUCUGUUCGCACAGGACUUGAGUCUUACGGACUUGAUUCCUUUUCAUUUGACUCUGUCACUGCAAGUACUGCUACUUACUUUCAAGCUGUUGCAUCUGAAUCAUGGCAUAACUGGAUAGAGCUUGAAUCCAGCUUCCGCACACCGCAAGUUAACGGUAUACCUUCGGAGCAAGACAUCCAGGAGCUAGAGGGAUAUGUCGAUACACUCAAGACUGCUUUGCAUAAUAUUCGGUUUUCGGCUACAGCAAAAAAGUUGCGAGAGCUUCCUUCAAUUGUGCCGACCACUGGGCUGUCGGGUUAUCUAGCAUCCCAGAAGGCUGCUCGGAGACCGGGAAUUGCAACAACCUUAGAUCAAUUGCAGCAGGUUGCACACGUACUCAGAUCCAAUGCUGAAAUGUGA